UCAUACGUCCCCACGUCCCCUCUAAUGGCUGACUUUGACACCCCCAGGUCACUUCAGAGCCCCGACUUACUCCCAGCUCAAGCCAGGGGCAUCGCCCGCUAAACCAGCCACAGCACCCCCUCUUAAAAAAAGACACAGACACCCAAAUACGCUUAAUGUCCAUGUCCUGCCUCAGGCGACAGCCUGUGACCAUCCCCAUGGAUACCGUCAAGAUUAUCCAGUCAGAGAAGUUCCCCCGGGAAUGCCCGGUGCCUGUCACCCAACCUCGCUUCGCCCCUCCCCUGCGGGUGGCAUGGGACGGAGGGGGAGAGGGAGAGAUCAUAGUCAAUCAGGCGUGCAGUGACCUAGCCCUGGACAUGACCUGCAGGGAUCUUGCAAUGGAGGUGACCUGCACUGACCUGGCCCCUACCAGACCCAUGGUCUCAUCUCCCCCAGCCCCCAUGGGCCGCAGGGAGAGCUACCUGGCCCAGCGCAAAGCCAGCGCCGCAGAGAUCUGCUACCAUCAGUUCCACUACAAGAUGGAGGACGUCAUAGUCAACCAGUACGUGCUGCGUUCUUCUUCAACGUCCUCCUCCACCUCCUCUUCCUCCUCGGGUCCCGUGAUGCCCUGUGAACCCCUAGACUGCCCCACCUGCGGCCACACCUACAACUUUACUGGCAAGCGCCCUCGCAUCCUCUCUUGCCUACACUCGGUGUGUGAGGAGUGCCUGCAGAUCCUCUACGAGUCCUGCCCCAAGUACAAGUUCAUCUCGUGCCCCACGUGCAGGCGUGAGACGGUGCUGUUCACAGACUAUGGGCUGGCUGCCUUGGCCAUCAACACCAGCAUCUUGAGCCGGCUGCCCUCUGACCCCAACGGCCCGGUGCAGUGGGGAGGGGAGGCCGACCGGAGUUGCUACCAGACGGUGCGCCAGUACUGCCAGUCAGCCUGCACCUGCCAGAUCGCCAACCCCCUGUCCUCCUGUGGCAUCAUGUAG